GUGUGUGUGUGUGUGAGUGAGGAGGAGGGAGGAGUCACCACGCUCUGCUCUGCUCGUGGGCACGGUGCUGUGUCUUCACGAGCACCUUGCCAGUCCCCACGCCCUCCUUCUCCUCCUCCUUCCUUUCCUUCAUCCACUUCCCUUCUACUUCGUCUUCUACUUCUUCUUCUGUCAACUUCGCCCCCUUCUUUGUUCCUUCGAUCCUCGUCCUCUGGCUCCGUGCCGCCGUCGUCUACUUUGUCGACCUCCUUCCCUGAUUUCCUUUCCUAAAGCUUCACUCCCGCUCCCCACCUCCUCCUCUUCUCUCGUCUUCUCUCGGGCUUUGCUUCCUUCCUCGGUCCUCACUGUGAUGUUUCUCAGCUGCAUGGCCUCUGUUGGGAGAGGACGAUUCGUACUGUUACCCUUGCUAGCCCUAGGCUGAGCAUUGACGGCAACCCAGCUAUGACUUAUGUGCUCUUUUUUAGGGUUUUCUUAUGUGUAGUCUAGGAUUUGUUAACAACUGAAUUGGACCACAUGGCUGCCGCCAGUCUUACUUUAUCUUUCUAGACAGUGUAUUGUGCGCGGUCUCAAGACUAUUACGCCAAGGUCUCCUGCUCACAAACAGUCUCAUAUUUGAACAGUUCUGAGUGAUACUAACGAUUGAUAUGGAACCAUCCGGUUUCUUGAGAGGUGUAACGAAGUUGCAACUCAUUCGUUGUGCGUGGAUUUCCUUUAGCUUCGUUCUCUUGGUCUUUGCGCUUACCACGUCUGAUAACUUCACCAGAAAGUUCCCAGAUAUUGUUGCUAGGGCAGCAGGUAAAGAUACUUCCAGGACUGACGACACGAGAAGUGUUCCAUGUGUAAAAGAAGUUGAUGAAGUUGAGGGAGAGCACCAAAGCCAAAUGGAUUUCGGUUCUCAUUCGGAAACUGUUCUCGGCUCAAGGGUGGAUUACACUGCUUGGGACACCAGAGUUGGCUGCGGCAAUUUUAAAAAAAAGUAUUCGUAUGGAAACAGGACAAGUUCUACUUUACGCAGUCUUCAAAACCCCACAGUGGACAAUUGCACAAUAUUGCGAAAGCAGCACGUGUCUGUAUUAGUCAAGAAAUGGACCUGGAUUCCGGAUACACUUAACAACUUAUACUCAUGCGACUGUGGAUUGACGUGCUUGUGGACAAACUCUGACGUGCUCUUGGAUAGACCCGAUGCGCAUUUAUAUGAGUCGGCUACACCACCUAGUAGGAGGCGAAAGGGUGAGCCUUGGAGAAUUUACAUGGAUUUAGAACCUGGUCGAAAUAGAGCGCCAUCUCAAGAUUUAUUUGUGAGCUACCAUGCCAAUGACGACUUGCAGGUGACAUACGCAGGAGCUGCUUUUCAUACCAUUCGCAACUACUACAUUUCUCCUGUCAAGCACGAUGACGUACUCGUAUACUGGUCAUCAUCUAGGUGCGUUGAAUCGCGGCAAAGAAUAGCCUCUGAAGUGCUUGGAUUCCUGCCACACCACUCCUUCGGGAAAUGCCUCAACAACGUGGGAGGCAUGGAUGUGAUCCUCGAAAUGUAUCCUAAAUGUAGCAGCGGCAGUGGAGCUGGGAAUGUAUGGAACCAAAACCUGCAUUGUGCAAUGUCACACUACAAGUUUGUGCUAGCCAUUGAGAACUCGCAGAUAGAGAGCUAUGUGACGGAAAAGUUGUACUAUGCACUGGACGCGGGCGCCGUGCCAAUAUAUUUUGGGGCACCCAAUGUGGAGGACUUCGUUCCACCGCAUUCUAUCAUUCAAGGUAGAAAUUUUGCAACUAUACAAGGGUUGGCAGAGUAUGUGAAGAAAGUGGCAGCUGAUCCAGUGCUGUAUGCCGAGUAUCAUGCGUGGAGGCGGUGUGGAGUGCUAGGAGUGUAUGGCCGAACUCGAGCAGUGAGCCUGGAUUCUUUGCCGUGCCGGCUGUGUGCGGCCGUAAGUUCACGUGGAGGCAGGAAUUCCGUUUGAUUAUAUGGUUAUCAUCUGGUGGUGCUGAGUGUUUCUGGGAGAUAAAUGCAUGCAUUAAGAUUCCUUGACCCUACACAACGUAGUUCUAAACCAAAUCAUAAGUGAGACGGGUGAGCCGCCGUGAACCACAGCUGGCCACCUUCGGAUAAACUUCCGAUAUGAACAUCAGCUGACUUUUCUUUAUGAAAAUUUGUCCACUUGCUUGUUCAGCGGAGAUUGCCUUACUACCGACUGGUUCCCAUUGUACUGUUAUUCCAUGCUAACACUUCCUGGAAAGACACAGCGUCCGUUGACGCUCUGGUGGGGAUCCGGAGAUCAAAUGAUGUAAUUAAGCCACGCAGCAGAGAACAUCGGAACUUUUUGAGAAGAAGGCCUGCAAUGUCGGAAUGCAGUUUAGUCGCAUCCCCAAACUGCAAGGGUAGGCACCUAUGCAUUUCACACGCUCAGUCUCAUUUACGCCAGAACUUGCUUCAUUUUGAAUCUGUAGGAUAAAUAAUCAAGUAGUAUGUAGAGCUAUACAUUUUCUAGAACGGUUCAAAACUUGUGUUUGGUGAUCUUAGUUCCAUUGAUAUAUCUAUUCUCAGAUAUUAUGAGGGAUUAAUUACAGAAUUUCAGGGGAAUAAUAAGCACAAAUUUGAAGUAGAGGAAUAUUUUUCUUUGCUAUACAGAGUUUUCACGUUGAUAGGUGAAAAGUUUAUGUUGCGUUUGUCUUUUACAUUGACACAAUCAUAUUUGAAAAAU